AUAAACCAAAUGCCAGUAAACGCGUAGGAGGAAGUGUGAAAAUUCCGAGAGGUGAAAUUUAAUCGUGAAGCUCAACACCAACCUCCGCACCGUGCCUCUGUGCGCACUUUACUCCUCGCAAUGUCGCUAUAAACCGCUUUGAAGAGUUUACUAACGCUGAAAUUACACCAUGAAAGCUCAAGCACUGUCACGUGACUUGAGGGUCCGCGCAAAAGUAUUGGCACCUGUACAGGAUGUGAUUAUGAGAAGUUCAGCGUCAGAGUGUCGUCACUGAAAAUUCAGGGUCUCAUCCAGUUUCCAUUGUUCCCUUCAUCAUGGGCACUACACUGAGCGAACCCUGCAUCUACGACAAGCUCUCGGAGAGCAUCGAUAUCCUGCGGCAGUCCGGGUACCGGUACGGCAUGUCUGAGAGAGAGAUCGAGAAGUUCAUCAAGCAGGUCCUGGAGACAAACGAACCUCGCAGAGAACCGGCCCAGUUCCCUGUCCUGAGGGCUGCCAUCAAGGUCGCCGUGUUCAUGUGCGUGCUGCUGUUCGUGGUUUUGGCGUUUGCAUACACUCAGAGUUUGCCGUCAUCUGGCUCGGUCAGCGUAGCAGAGCGGUACAACUGGUCAUCACCUCUGAGUCACAUCCGACUGCUGUCACUGCCCAUCGCCAAGAAGUACAACCUGCACAGUUUCCAUGCAUGGUGGAGUGUGUAUGGUGAGAGUCACACUCUGCUGAACUGUUCUGGAUGUUCCAGUGUAGCGUCAGUGCUCGAACUGUCCACGUUAAUCAGCACAGAGUCUGUAUACGCACAAACACAGCCUGUAUUCAUGAAGGGUGGAGCGUCUCUGUGCUUGAGGAGGCAGCAGUUGGAGGCUCUUCACUCCUCACACUCCGGCUCUCUGACUGUCCUGAUGGAGGAGGAAGAGGAAGUGAUGUCAGAGGUUUUCCCUCAGGGCCCAGCCAACUUCAGCCUUCUCUGGAGGGUGGACUCAGGGUUGAGGGAGGAUGUGUUUCAUUCACUUUUUCCUAGUGCACUACUCUUUCCCCUACUGCAGAGUGUAGGGAGCGCAGUGCAGCGCUGCAGAGUCACACACAGCACCAGCUCUCAGAGCCGAGGACAGUGUGUGUUAGGUUGGGUGUUGGUUGGUGACGGCUCUCCCACUGUGCAUGUGUUACCACAUCAGCGCUGCCAAACACACUGCAGCUCCUUCAACCUGUGGCUCGAGCCAGGAGAUCUGGUGUACGCAGACCCGCAGUUCUGGCAGCUGGAGCUGUUCCCUGGCCGAGGAGAGAACAUUGUGUGUGAUGGCUCAGGCGUAUCUGACCCCAGUGUGCUGCCCUCAGCGCUCCACUGUGUUUAGUUUGGUUCCCACAGCAGGAGGACUUUCCUCAGGAACAGGAGCCGUGAGCUCACCUGCUGCAGCGCUGGACGUAUCAAACACUGUACAGCCCUCCGGCCUCCACCGUUCCUCUAACGUUAAUCCUCACUGUAACUCGGGAACACACACCAUGGAACUCUGUCUUUAUCAGAUGCCUGAUUGAUACUGAUGAGAUGAUGGAUUUAUCACCGUGGUAACUACACUUAACACCGUGAUGUUUAACACGCCCUGCAUCAUUCUUAUGUUCCCGUACGCAAGAACACUCCUGUUCAUAAGACUGCUGUGAUUGUAGAUAAGAUUUGUAUCAUGUGAUCAGAGACGGGGGAAAAUAAACUACAGUCAGGUGAUUGACUUUACAGAUCAGAACAAA